CAACACGGACGUGUAGUUUUAGCGGAGCAACUAGCUUAGUUUGAAACAGUCAGAUACACAGAAUUAAUACAUGUAAUAAAUGUAUGAGUUUCCGCCAUGAGCUACGGAGUUAUUUUUCUUUUCCACAAGAGUCGUUGGAGUGUUUCUGGUGUGAAAUGGUGAUAUGAGGCUUAAACCAGAGUGAAGACAGACGAAGCUCGUGCAUCGAUCCUCUGAAAGGACAGCGUCAGCUUGACCGGAAACGUGAUUUGAUGUGUCAGAAACAGAAAUCAUGGCACCUGUACCGGUCCUAACGAUUGUGGUCAACUGUUGUAUGUCUGUCCUCGGCUGCAUGGCUACAAUGAAACUCAUUCCUGCUUUCAAAGAUCACUUCAUCUCAGCCAGAUUGUAUGGAAUGGACCUAAACAAAACAUCCAAAAAGGAAGUUCCAGAGUCUCAAGGAGUCAUCAGUGGGACUGUCUUCCUUAUCAUCCUCUUCUUCUUCAUCCCGGUGCCUUUCCUCAGCUGCUUUGUCGAUCAGUGUAUGGGCUUCCCACACGAUGAGUUUGUGCAGCUGAUUGGUGCACUCUUGGCCAUAUGUUGCAUGAUCUUUCUUGGAUUCGCUGAUGACGUGCUCAAUUUGCGAUGGAGACACAAGCUUCUGCUUCCCACUAUAGCUUCCCUGCCACUUCUUAUGGUUUAUUUCACAAACUUUGGCAAUACGGUUAUCGUGGUGCCUAAACCCUUCAGAGCACUGCUGGGGCUGCAUUUGGACCUGGGUAUUCUCUACUAUGUCUACAUGGGAAUGCUUGCUGUGUUCUGUACUAAUGCCAUCAACAUCCUGGCAGGCAUCAACGGCAUCGAGUCAGGUCAAGCCCUGUUUAUCUCCGGCUCCAUCAUCAUCUUCAACCUGCUGGAGCUCAGUGGAGAUUACCGUGAUGACCACGUCUUCUCCCUCUACUUUAUGAUUCCAUUCUUCUUCACUACAUUAGCACUUUUUUAUCACAACUGGUACCCGGCAUCUGUGUUUGUGGGAGACACUUUCUGCUACUUUGCUGGGAUGACCUUUGCUGUUGUGGGCAUCCUGGGACAUUUCAGCAAAACAAUGCUGCUGUUCUUCAUUCCUCAAGUGAUUAAUUUUAUCUACUCUUUGCCUCAACUUUUCCACAUCAUCCCCUGUCCCAGACACCGGCUCCCCAGAUUGAAUCCAGACACGGGCAAACUGGGAAUGAGCUACUCUAAGUUCAAAAGUAAAGACCUCUCUAAUUUAGGACAUCUUAUUCUGAAGGUGGCAGAGUUAUUGAAGUUGGUAGAAGUACGACGAGGCCAGGAGCGAGAUGGCGACUUUAUUGAGUGUAACAACAUGACCUUAAUAAAUCUAGUUUUGAAAUUAUUAGGUCCCACCCAUGAGAGAAACCUUACAGUUAUCAUGCUUAUGAUACAGGUGAUGGCCAGCGCAGUGGCUUUUGGAAUCCGCUAUCACCUGGUGCGUCUCUUCUAUGAUGGCUAAACGGCUCUGCGGGAAAGUGGAGAGGAAAUGUAAUGUGAUGGAACUAUUUUAUAGGCUGCUGCGUCACUGGCCUGUUAAUAGGUUCUGGUGCUUUACGGUUACUUUGUCUGUUUCACACCUGCAGUGAAGACACAGUGAAUGAUUUCAAGCGAUAUUUCACUUUAGCCAAACGUUUUCAUGUCAUUUUUUUUUUUUUUUCCAAGUUCCACUUUCAAUUGUAAUAUGAUUUAAAAAUUGGGGAAGGGAGCCCUAAUUGUACAUGAAGGGUUCCUGGGUAGUCAUGAAAUGAAAGCUGUGGGGGGUUUUUUAUGCUGGUGUUUCCCAAGAAAAGUACAUUACGUUUGUGAGAAAUCUGCAGAACGGCCAACAUCACUGGCUGAUUUUUUUUUUUUUUUUUUUUUUUUUUUAAUUGUCAUUUGACAGCAGUGUCAAAUGUGCAAAAUGAUCUAAAAACAUGAGAAUGAUUGCAUGAAGUUGUGGUUUGAUGCCAAGUGUGAGAAUGUACCAACUUUGGUUUAAUUUGCGUUGAAUCUGUAGAAGAUAUGAGGAAAUUGCACACAUCAAGAGCACUCAAAUGUGCACAUAAUGGUAAUUUUGCAGAAAGGUGGUGGGAAAAAAUAAGAUAUUGUUGGUGGGAAGAUUAUCAUGAAGCAAGAAGUGCACAGAAUGAUGAUGAAAAAACAUUUUUGUUUCUUAAGGUGCACACCGUCCCGGUGACUGAAUUUAGCCUUUUCUGCAAUUACAAUGGAUGCAUCUUUUUAUUUUAAUAGGUGAAAUUUGUUGUAUUUCCCAAACAGUUAAACACCGGUCACUGUAAAGCCAUUUUGUUACAGCACUGGACUUGUAUUAAAGAAUGUAAAAUACAAAUGGUAAACUGUUUACUGUUGUUAGACAAGGCUCAAGUGGAGAAUUAAAUCCAAAGUUACAUAU